GCCCGGGCGAGCUGCGCGGCGCGCUGGGUGCAUGUGGGGGCCGCAACAGAACCGUGGCCUCUGCAUCUGGAGUCACGCGUGCUGACCAGAAGGCCCCUCGCGUGAAUCUGCAAGCAUCGCUGCUCGGGCUGGAGGAGCUCACUCUUUUUCUCCUGCUCCAGAAGCUGUUGCCGGCGUGAAGGAACCCAACAGGGCCCUAGGCAGAAGGUUAAAACCCCACGGAAGGAACAUGAGGUUCCCUUGGAGAUCAUUCAAGAGGACGAUGGAAAGAGCCAUUUAGAGUAAAUAGUGUAAAAACUACAGCUGCAACACUGGGGCCUGAGGGCUGGCAGUGGAAAACCCUGUUGGGCUGUGAUCUCUCACUGAAAAGUCCCAAGUGCCUUUUUGCUUCCUGCAAAAGGAAGGAAGCCAAGGAAGAGACCAUGUCCAUAGCCCUGAAGCAAGUGUUCAACAAGGACAAGACCUUCCGGCCCAAGAGGAAGUUUGAACCUGGCACACAGAGAUUUGAGCUGCAUAAACGGGCUCAGGCGUCCCUCAACUCGGGUGUGGACCUGAGGGCAGCUGUGCAGUUACCCAGCGGGGAGGACCAGAACGACUGGGUGGCUGUGCAUGUGGUGGACUUCUUCAAUCGCAUUAACCUCAUCUACGGCACCAUCUGUGAGUUCUGCACUGAGCGGACCUGCCCUGUGAUGUCAGGGGGGCCCAAAUACGAGUAUCGGUGGCAGGAUGACCUCAAGUAUAAGAAACCAACUGCACUGCCCGCUCCCCAGUACAUGAACCUGCUUAUGGAUUGGAUUGAAGUCCAGAUAAACAAUGAGGACAUAUUUCCAACAUGUGUUGGCGUUCCCUUCCCAAAGAACUUCCUCCAGAUCUGCAAGAAGAUCCUGUGCCGCCUAUUUCGGGUCUUCGUCCAUGUCUACAUCCAUCACUUUGACCGCGUCAUUGUGAUGGGUGCAGAGGCUCACGUCAACACCUGCUACAAACACUUCUAUUACUUCGUCACAGAGAUGAACCUCAUAGACCGCAAGGAGCUGGAGCCCUUGAAAGAGAUGACAACCAGGAUGUGUCACUAACACUCCACCCCAUCUUCUGGAAGAAAGGAGCACUGUUUCACCAGGAGUCUCCAUGGGACAGAAAGUUGCCCUCCGUGGCUGAGACGAUCCCGACUUCCAGGAGCAGGAAAGCUGGAGCCCCACAAGGACUUCUGAAAGACGUCUCUUACCCACUUCAUGUGCUCUUAACCCUCUAAGUGCUGCUAGCCAGGACCUGUGGGCCAUAUAGACCACAGCAUGAAGGACCAGCCUUAACCCCUUGGGCCGAGGACAGUGCAGGAGAGGCUGCUGCACGUCCGCCCACGUCACACUUCUGCCUGUGACCUGCCCGCUAGGCUUUACAGGAAUUCAGGUUUUGAGACUGAGGGGUUUUGUGGUGGUGGUGUUUCUUUCCCACUUAUGUCUUGUCAGACUUCUUGACUAACUUCUCUGUCACUUUUUUUUCUAAGUUCUAAGCAAACCCGGGGCUACCAUAUAAGGCAGUGUAUCUUCCUAGCCCUUCUCUCCUCGACUCCCUGCAGGUCUCUGUGCCUAUGGCUUAACCUUAUAUAGGGCUAGGAGCUGGGGAAAGCCUGCAGUUCCUCUGGAAGCAUCCAUGCCAUUUCUCUCAUGGUCAGUUUCACCAGGGACCACUUACUUGAUGGGCUACAUGAUCUGUGCCCCAUUCAGGCCAUUCACAUGCUAUCCUUUGGGAAGAGUCUGGUGACUGGAAAUAAACCUGGUAUGUGAUCCGUUUACCCUAGUCAGAAUGUAUUUGUUGUAGCCACAGUCAUUUCUAGAUGCUUCCAUUAAAGAUAUACUUUCCCAUUUUCCAGAAGAGAGGAAAUAAGUUUUUAAAAUGACCAAUAAGAUCCUUGAGCCAGAUUAGUGCAGUGUUUGUUCUUUAUUAAGGGGUAGUAAGUCAUGGCUGAUCCUACAUAUCAUAUUAUGGGGAUUCCAGUGACAAGACAACAGAUAGUCGGUACAUGUAAAUUAAAUACCCUUGACUUGUAGCCUUCCCAACUUGACCCUUCCUUCCCAUUUUCCCUCCCUGUCCUCCAUUCUCUCAUGUGUGUUCUCUCUGUCUCUCUGUCUCUCUCUCCCUGUCUCUCUCUCCCUGUCUCUCUCUCUCUGUCUCUCUCUCUCUCUCUCUCUCUCUCUCUCUCUCUCUCUCUCUCUCAUUGUCCCUCCGUCUCCUGUGCUAUAUGACACAGAAUUCAUUUCUGUCCAGUGGGUGCACUAUAAUCGCUAAGGUCUUCCUUCUGUCCAUUCAAAUCUGUCCUUUCCAACCUCCAGAAUAACCAUGCUAUGCUUUCUCUGGCCUUUGGAAAUUUUAGUAAAUGAAAUGUUGCCUUCUCUGAUUCCUUCACAGAACUGGUCCUGACAGCUUGACUAAGAAGUACCCAUACUUCCCAUGAUAUUUGACUUCAAUAAAGUAUCUGUUGGUAGAGGGAUGUAGAUAUGAAUGUAUUCUUGCAGUUGAUGUAAUAACAAAAGAUGACUACGUUAGUAUGAUGUUAUUUAGUCUAUAUAAUGGGUUAGAGCCAUUUGUGUCCACCACAAAAGCCAAGAAAGCAUGACAUCUUUGUGUGAAUGAAGAAGCUGGCUGUACGGACUCAGAGGCAUCCUACAUGACAGAACCACACAGAACAACCUUACAUCCUGUCUUGUAAAUGUUGGUUUCUGAAGCCCAACACUACUACUGCUGUGUUGUUGACUUAUUUUAACCUACAGGGACUUUCAUCUUUUCUCCUUAAGUAACUUUUAGAGGUCAAGAUAGGCAAUUUUGUUUUGUUUUGUCAAUUUCACUUUGGGCUAAAAGCAUUAUCUGGCUGCCCUAAAGGUUCAGAGGAAAAGGAGCCCUGAAUUCCUGGCCCAGGCAAUACGUCAUACCACACAUGGGUGUGCAGGAUGGUGGGGCUGAGAAAUGGAAGGCCGUUCCACGUGGCCCAAGGGAGUCUCUGCAGUUCUGUACCUGGAGCAACUGCAGGACUCAUGCAGUUGGAAAUAGAGUAUGCGCCUGCGUCUCAGUGAUGCUUAGUCAGGGAGAAAGCCAGACUCUGAAGACAUUUGUCAUUUCUAAAGUUAUUUUCUGUCAAUUAUUUGUGCAUGUGAAAUUUCCAUCUAGCUUAAAACAUCUAGGUUUUUUUUUUAAUUCUUGUUAUGAUCUUUAGCGUCUAUUGCUAAUUGCACCAAUCAACUGAAGCUAACCAACUGCUCUGACUUUUAAAGUACGAGGUGUUCAUAUUCCUAUAGAACUUUGUUUGGCAAAUUCUAAAAAUAAAUCUUCACUAGCUACCCAUAA